AUGGGAAACCAAGUCUCGGCUAUUGACUCCUCUCAAGUCACAAAGAAAGCAAAAAAGCGUGUCAAUCUUCGAGGAAUGUUCAACUAUCCAAACGGACGAAACAUUCGCGAGGAAUGCAAUUCGAAUAGAGCAAACCAAUGGGUGACUGUCUUCUUCAACUGGGCUGACUACAACCACAACGACGAAGAAUUGAUGGAGCUUGUGGUGGCUCGCAUCGAUGCCCGAGACGGUAUCAUUUCGUCCGAACCCGUCCAUCACGAUGUCAAAUGGUGUCUAUCCCUCCGUGUCCCUGGAUACUGGAAUCCUAGUGAUGUUUCAAUUGCUACCGCUGCCAAAGUUAUUGCGCGAUGGCAUCAAAGUGAAAUGCGCCAUGCUGGCAUGAAGAUCAACCGAAGAUAUCUUUUCCGCGGCAACAAUCGUCGAAAAAUGCGCCACCUUGGUAAGGAGGGUACCCCAUUGCCCUACACUGCCUCACCCAUCAAGUUGCUCUGGAGUGACUUGUCCCUGUUGGGUUCGAAACUAUGGGCGCUUCCGGGUAUCCUACUGCCCCUGCAUCUAGAUCGCACCCAUGAGUUGGAUGAGCUCUAUCCAUCGUUACGCAAUGGAGCUAUCGUGUUGAUCCAUCUAUUUCUCGUGGUUUAUCAACUUGUUGUCCUGCUCUCGCUGCCGAUCAUGGUUAUCUGUAUGCUUCCAGGCCUAUGGAUCCUUGCUUAUUCUGCGAUGGCUUUCACUAUUAAUUAUGCGAUCAUAAUGUUGAUGUUGAACGGCUUCCAGCGGGUUCUGGUAUCCCAAGUGCCCGUGGUCGAGCGAUCAGGUCAUGAGCGGGAGCGUUGGCUGUAUAUUAAUGGAAUUGCAGCUGGGAAGCACUGGGUACAGAUGAACAUCGAUCAACUGUCAUACACUUUUGGUCGGAAAGUGACGGGAGUGCAUAACCGCACCGCAGGCAUUGUCUUUGAUCUCAUCGAAUGUCUGAUUCAACGUGAUUUUUCAUAUGCUACUGACGAUAUACGACGGUCGUAUGCCUUGGUCAAGGAAGCCCUCCUAGACCCCGACUGUGACAAGGUGGUUCUGCUUCUUCACAGCCAAGGCGGCAUUGAAGGGGGACUUGUCAUGGACUGGCUUCUAGAUGAGCUACCCCACGAUCUACUUCAUCACUUGGAGGUAUACACCUUUGGGAAUGCCGCGAAUCACUUCAACAACCCGCGAUGGAUACAACCAGCAAGGACACGAAGGACCUCAACGCCCGACACAAUGCAUCAAUUUGGCCAGUCCAUCGGCCACAUCGAGCAUUAUGCCAAUGCAGCUGAUAUUGUAGCUGUGGGAGGAGUGCUCCACUUCGUGGACAUCCCAAAUCGAUACAUGGGCCGGCUGUUUGUGCGCCCGAAUUCAGGCCAUCUAUUGAACAUGCACUACUUGGGCAAUAUGUUUACCCUAGGCCCUGAUAUGAAAGUCCUUGACUCCAAUCCGUUCAUGGAUAUGGAAGUGGAGCCGUGGGUGACCUCCGGUAUCAAUGGAUAUGAUGGCCCUCCGCAUCGAGUCAGAUCUCAACCCAGUAUAGCCCGAGACGAGGCGUUUCUCCCCGCCGCGCUGAGCCUGCAACGGUCAAAAACGAAAGGUGUGGAUCGAGUUCUGCGUGUCAAGGAACUCAGUCGGCUUUGGCAGUAUAGAAAUGGAGGACACCCGAAAGAGACAGAGGUAUAG